AUGUUAGAGGAUUUUGAAAAAAAUAUAAAAGUUCACAAUGAAACAAUUUCAAAAGGUAAGAAAAUCACUCAAUUCAUUUAUUUAAAGCCUUCCCUUAUUUCUUUAUUACAAAUUCAUACAAAAGGAAAAGAUUUGGUGAGACCGACAGUUACUCGAUUUGCAACAUCUUAUUUAACUUUAGGGUGUCUCAUGGAGAAUAAAGGAGGAUUGAUAAGAAUGUUCACAUCUUAUGAAUGGACAAUAACCAAGUUUGCAAAAACAAGUGAAGGAAAGCAAAUUGAAGAAGUGGUUAUGGAUAAAGAGUUUUGGAAAAAUAUUGUUAUUUGUUGUAAUGGUGCAUAUCCUCUGAUUAAAGUACUUCGUUUAGUGGAUUCUGAUGAAAUUCCAGCGAUGAGAUUAAUUUAUGAGGAAAUGGACAAAGCUAAAGAGAAAAUUCAAGCUAACUUCAAUGGUGUUCAAAGAAGUUACAAGCCUUUAUGGGAUAUAAUUGAUGAAAGGUGGGAUAGGCAAUUGCACAGACCUUUGCAUGCUGUCGGUUACUAUCUCAACCCAAAAUUGCAUUAUACCUCUAAUUUUAAAGCUGACUAUGAAGUUAAAUGA